AUGCCUAAGCUCUACGAAGUCAAGGAUUCGCCGGGCAAAGGCAAAGGCAUGUUCGCGACUGUGAACAUCAAGGCCGGCGACCUUAUCAUGCGCGAAGAUGGCCGGAUGAAGAUCGUCGGCUUCUGGAGACGAGAUCAUAGAGAGAAGCAAGCGGAAGCAGAAGUUCAGCAAGCCUUUCUCGCACUCAGCCCAGCCGAAAAACAGGAGAUCAUUCAGCUUCGCGACGACACCACGAUAAAUGGCUCGAAGAUCGUGCGAAUCUACCUUACGAAUGCGAAGUCCGAGAAGGGAGACAGCGUCAUCUACCUGAAGAUGGCACGGCUCAACCACUCCUGUGUUCCAAAUGCUGAGAUGGGCGGUUUCGGCGGCGUGGCCGAGACGACGCUCGUUGCUACAAGGAAGAUCAACAAGGGCGAAGAAAUUUUCAUCACCUACCGUGGCGAACAUCUGGACGGUCCCCGAGCAGAGAGGCACCAAGGUCUCAUGCGCGUUCACCGCUUCGUGUGCGAGUGUAGAGUGUGCUCUCUUACUGGCAGGGAGCUGGUCAUGAGCGACAUCCGGCGAAAGCUUUUCCAAUCCCUGGUGUCAAGGCGCUUCGAAGCCAUGCCAACUGCCGCUGACGCCCAACGCGCCGAAAGAGGUGGGAUACCGAGAGAAAGCGGAAGCAGCCUGACCUACCGCGAGAAGGUUGCAUACAGCUUCCUCACGGCACGUAUCAUGGAAGCGGAGGGCAUGUCAGGUGUCAUCAUCGGCGACUCCUACUUCUCGGCUGCUAUGGCCCUGCUCGCUCAGAUCCAGAACAUGGACACGUUCAUCGUCCUUCCGUCCAUCGAAUUCUUGCGCGAACUGUUCGAGCUCACCAUCAAAGCCACGAGCGAGAUCCGCGAUGCCGAUUCUCCGGAGGUGCGCAAUGUGAAAUCGUACUGGACUUUUCUGCAGGAGCACAACCCGCAAGUGAAGAUAGGUUUGGGUCUGAUCAAGCGAGUGGCCUCAGAAGGCAUUCCUGCCUCUAAGGCAUAUGCUAAGAACAUGAUGGAUGGCAGCUUCGUUUCUCGUGCUGAGUGCCUGGAGAUACUCAAGAAGGAAAGAGUGUCACCAUCGGUCUGA